UCCAAUCCUAUACUGGCUGUGCUACGUGCUCAGCUCACAACACUCGGGCUAUUCUCCCUUACACAUCUCCGAUAUUUGUAGAGUUCACUUAUUCCAUACAGUUUCAUCAAAGACUACUGUGACUCUUCACUGACAGUAGCAGAGCCUUUAUUCGGUUUAUUGGUGGAUGUUGAUAACACGUAUUACAGUAAUUCAUUUUCGUUUUUUUAGAGCCGUUCUGCCUAGUAGACUCAUCACUGCGAGGACUUGCUCAUCUUGACAGUCACAGCGUCGUCACAGGACUCCGGGGAGCGCUGACAGAUUGCUCAGCUGGUGUUUCCAGCUGUAUCCUCCGCGCCAAAGCGAGAUACACCGCCAAGGGAGGCUUUAUCUACCGGUUGAAUGUCAUACGAGGCUUUGUAGGACUUAUUUUUAAUUGCCAAGACUCGUUCUCUUUGAUCUACACCUUACUAUUUGGUUGUCAGUAUGGAUUUUCUCCAGGCUCUCCUAUUCCUUUGUCUAUCUGCUAUCCCAUUGUCGGCGGACAAUGCGAGCAGUAAAGCCCGGAGCUGUUCGGAUGUCCGACAGUUCUACAGCGGUAAAGGCUUCACUCUCAACGGGGUGCCACAGACAGAGAUAUCUGGUGAGCACCUUCGGAUCUGUCCCCAGGGGUAUACCUGCUGUACCAGUGCCAUGGAGGAGACCCUGUCCAACCUGAGUCGCAGGGAGUUUGAGGGCCUGGUCAGAGAGGCUGGACGCUCGCUACAGGCCUCUCUCAAUGCACAGUACAGGAGCUUCGACACAUACUUCACAGACCUCCUGAAUAGCUCAGAGCGCUCCCUCCAGGAGUCCUUCCUGGCCAAACUGAGCUCCCUCUACUCCAAGAACGCCCCUGUGUUCCAGGACCUGUACACUGACCUGCGUCGCUACUACCGCGGCUCCGCUGUCAACCUGGAGGAGACGCUCAAUGACUUCUGGGCACGGCUGCUGGAGCGCCUGUUCAAGGCCUCCGCCCUCCCACAGUACACUCUCACUGAUGACUACCUGGAGUGUGUGGCCAAGCAGACGGAGACCCUGCGGCCCUUUGGGGAUGUUCCCCGCGACCUCAAGUCCAAGGUCACUCGGGCCUUGGUGGCGGCGCGGUCAUUCGUCCAGGGCCUGACCGUCAGUGGAGAGGUGGUCCGCAAAGUCUCCCAGGUACCUCUCAGCCCAGAGUGUACCCGUGCCAUGAUGAAGCUGGUGUACUGUCCUCACUGUCGAGGCCUGGCCUCAGUCAAGCCAUGUGCCAACUACUGCAGAAACGUCAUGAAGGGAUGCCUUGCCAACCAGGCCGACCUCGACACCGAGUGGCAGAACCUCAUCGACACCAUGCUGCAGGUGGCAUCUAGUUUCAGUUCUGACCCCAGUGUGGACGCGGUCAUCUACUCCAUCCCCCUCCGUAUCUCAGACGCCAUCCUCUACAUGCAGGAGAACACAGAGGUCUUCACCAGCAAGGUGUUACAGGCCUGUGGGACCCCCAAGGUGGCAGGCACACAAAGUUCAGGGUCUGAGGAGAGAAAGAAGAGAGUUAACCCCGCCAGCACCGUAAUGGAGUACAAACCCAGCCCCACCGCAGGGGUCCGGCUGGAGAUGCAGAUAUCUGAUGUGUCCAGUAAGCUGCGGGAGAUGCAGCAGUACUGGGUCCAGCUGCCAGCUGCUCUGUGCAGUAGUAAAGUGGCAGCAGGAGCAGCUAGUGAUGACAAGUGCUGGAAUGGCAUGACCAAGGCCAGGUAUCUUCUUGAGGUGAUGGGCGACGGCCUGGCCAGCCAGAUCAACAAUCCAGAAGUGGACAUCGACAUCACCAAGCCAGACAUGACUAUCCGCCAGCAGAUCAUGCAGUUGAAGAUCAUGACCAACCGUCUGAGGAAUGCCCUCAACGGCAAUGACGUGGACUUCCAGGAUGCCAGUGAUGACGUCAGUGGAUCAGGAAGUGGAAUGUGUACAGGCGAGUCGUGUGCCCGUAAUGGACCUCGUGUCAUUGUGCCCAAAGCAGACAGCACCAGAUACUACAAUCAUCCUGAGAACAAGAAGGUGAAGGGCACAGGAACCCAGACCCACCCCUCCAUCCUCCUCCUCCUGCUCUCAUUGGCCACACUGCUGCGCAGGCGAUAAUGGACCGGUGGUGCAUCCAGUCGAGACUGUGUUUUGGAGAAGGGCUCUGAGAUGGAAUAGAAGAGAGAAAAAAGGGGGGUGGGUGGGUAACUUUGCCAAAUAGGAAAGGAUUGUUAUUGAAUGAAUGGACUACCUUUCAUUUUAAUGAGAGAAACACAAAGAAAUUCCCUAAUAAUUUUUUCUUGUUUUGAAAUAUUUUAAAUGUGGCAAGUAGAGCUGGUCUUUGGCUUCUUUUUAUUGUUUCUAUGCUUGGGUGGUGAACAAGGAUGGUUCACAUGCUAGAUGCAAUGCUUGGAUGGCACAAGCUUCUUAGCGAUCAUGCCACUCAAUGUAAAGUCAAUGUGACCUUGUUGCAAUGUUCUAACAAUGCCAAUAACUUGACAGUGAUGUUGUGAGAGCACUGUGAGAGACGGUUUGGUGUGUAUCUUCAGUGUGCUAAUCCAAUGCAUUUGUUUUUCAUAUCAAUCACAGUGACAGGGAAUUUGGAUCUCUCAAGUGUAUUAAAUCAAAAAUAAUG